AGAGAGAGAGAGAGAGAGAGAGAGAGAGAGAAUAGGUAUCGUAAGCUGUUUGGAUAGAGUUACUAGGGAGUGCUCACACCUGUGUUGUGUGGAUCUGUGUGUCUUUCCCUGGUUUGGUCCAUUUUUUCUAACCUUCACCUUUUCUCAAAGGACAACAUUAUUUUUUAACAAAGCCUCUAUAUUUGGAAUAGAGAUGGCAGAUUUUCCUGGGAAAGUUAAUACUGAGACAAGCUCACCACAGUCUCAGGCAGGAUCAAUGCAACUAAUGAACGUAUCUAUGGACCUGAACUUCAUCAAGACCAUUCCAGGGAUCCUCCUGCUUGCGGAGAUUGUUUUAGGCCUGCUGGUAUGGGCCCUGAUCGCCAGUGCUGCUUACCAGUUGGUCCCUGCUUAUGGCUGGGUGAUGUUUGUAAGCGUGACACUGUGGAUCCUCUCCAUCGUGCUCUUCAUUACACUAUUUCUGAACAUUAGGCAGAAAUUAGUCUCAGUGCCCUGGCCUCUAGCGCUGAUGGUAUUUUAUGCAGUAGCGACUGUCCUGUACUUCACUGCUUUUGUGACCAAUGCAGCUUCAGUCUCCUACUAUAUAUAUGGUUAUCACUAUGAUCAUAUGGCAGCUGCUGCGUUUUUUGGCAUUGUGGUGACACUGACGUACGCCGCUAGCACCUUCUUUGCCUACCUGGACUGGAGGGAUGAUGGGGGAAAUGCAGCCACCAGCACCGUGCCCGUGUAGAGGUGUGCCAUCUGCCUCUGGCAUGAGACUGUUCAUGAAGGGAAGCAGGAGCAGUGCAUUUUCCUCAAACCUUUCUUCAGUGGUGUUUGAGACAGAGGCUUAUCAUGGAUAUAGUAUUGUAAAUGUAUGAUCUGUGGGUUUUGAUGUUCGUGCUCUUCAUGUGGUUUAUAUGCUUUGGAUGCUGGCCUGGAAAAUUCUGCAGGCUGAAAGUUUUUUUUCUUUUUUUCUUUUUUUAAACCGUUUUCCAAUUUCAUGGAUUAAUGUUUGAUCAUGCAAUCAUACACAUUUUUCAUGUUUGACGACAUUUUGAUGCAUGUCAAUUAACUUACAUUUAUUUCUUCUUACAUGCAUAUUUACACAUACAAUGAAAGUCUAAUGCAAACACAUGAAGCACUCCUUAGGUAAAAACUUUACACACUCGAUCAACAGACAUGGUAGAACAUUCAGGCCGUCGAAACAUCUCCAAAAUUAAGCAAGGGAUUGAAUUUUUGGGGUUUUUCAUCUCCUGACAGGCUACAUUUGGGAGCUGAGCAAGACAAACUGACAAAAAAAAAAAAAAAAAAA